AUGGUCUUCUCCACGCUCCUCACCAGCCUCUUGGCCGCCUCGACGGCGGUCCAAGCUGGCGUCAUCUGGCCCUCGAACGCCAACACGACGUCGAUGCACACCCUCGAGCGACGCGCCUACUCGCGCCAGGUCUACGCCGCCACGCCGACCGACUUUUACAACGUCUUUGACUUCCACACCGAGCCGGACCCGUCGGGCGGCACGGUGCAGUACGUCGACCAGGGUACGGCCAGCUCGCUCGGCAUGAUUGGCACGGGACGCAACGGCGGCUUCCGCUUCGGCGUCGACUCGCACACCGCCAACGCCAACCCGCGCAAGUCGGUGCGGCUCCAGUCCAAGGCCGGCUACGGCUACGGCGUCUACGUCUUUGACGUCGCCCACGCCCCCGUCGGCUGCGGCACCUGGCCCGCCCUGUGGACCUACACGCGCGGGACGUGGCCCGACGGCGGCGAGAUCGACAUCUACGAGGGCGUCAACGGCGUCGCCCCGAACCAGGCCACACUGCACACGGGUCCCGGAUGCAUCAAGGCCCCCAGCGCCCUCCAGACGGGCACCAACGUCAGCCCGACCGACUGCAACGUCAAGGACGGCGCCAACGGCAAUGCCGGCUGCGCCGUCUUCAUGCCCAGCUCCAACUCAUUCGGCGCCGGUCUCAAUGCCAACGGCGGAGGUGUCUUUGCGAUGCAGUACGUCGCCGAGGGCGUCUUUGUGUGGUUCUGGCCCUCGUCCUCGGCCCCGGCGGGCACCAAGCGCGGCGACAGCCGCACCAUCGACGUCGCCUCGUGGGGCACGCCCACCGCCGCGUUCCCCUUCUACGACGGCUGCACCGCCAGCCACAUCGACACCAACCAGCAGGUCACGAUGAACAUCGACUUCUGCGGCGGCUUCGUCAACAGCCGCCCUGGCUCGUCGUGCGGCAUGGUGGCCAACAAUGCCCAGUGCAUCGCCUACGUCCAGAACAACCCGUCGGCCUUUACCGAGGCCUACUUUGACGUCAACGCCUUUGCCUUCUGGGCCUAG